CUGCUUGUAGCUUCGGCCAGACACAACCACAACAAAACCAUCACUCCACGAGCAGACAGGACUGGGAAGAGCUUUGCUCGACAAGUUCAGGAGUUAGGACCAACCAACGAUGAAGAGCAGCACGCUGGUGGCGAUCCUAGUCCUCCAGGCCGUCAUGGUCAUGGGAAUCCUCUCACACUCACUGGCCGCCGACGACAAUUUCCCGAAGUGCUGCGACAACUGCAACUCCUGGUCGGGGGCCCAAUUCUGUGACGACGUGGGCCCCAAGUGCCGCGACGGCUGCGUGAACUGCCACGUGGUGCAGACGAGGCCCGUGAAGACGUUCCGGUGUGGCGAUGGACGCGCCGCCCUCCCAGAGAAUCCCUGCCCGCCGCCGUGCAAAAAGAACUGAUCGCUCGCUCGAGCUCACCACACAGGGAGAUCGACGUUGCGCCGAAAAUAAAUAAGAAAGCUCCGACGAGAUGAGCAGAAACGGCCGGUGUGGUGUACAUGCACGUGGCCCACGCCCAGCAACACUUGAGAGAUAGUUGAUGUUGCUCCGUAAAUAAACACGUGUAUCAGUGUAUACAUAUGCGUCACAGCUCAAUCAAAUAAAAAGUCAGUUUGUUUGUGCGAUA